AGCCAUGUAAACAUGGUAAAUAUUCAUAUCUCUGCAGCUACGCAAAUCAACUGAUGUCUGAAUGUAAACGUUGCCAUCGAGCACAGUUAUACUCAAAAACACGCUCAUUAUAUAUUCGAAGCCUCAAGCGAUCGACAAGCUACAGAUCCUAAAAUGUGUAAGGAAGAAUUUCGUCUGAGAAAUUUCAAGUUCUGGCAUCCAGUCCGCCGUGAUUUUAUCGACUCUAGGUGGCUGUCCCUGCCGGUUUUUGUUGUGAUUCGCUUGAUCAUCACCGCUUACAACUUCGCAUGGCUGAUUUACAACAUCCACAAGUUCGGAGCGAAGCUGUUCAUAUUCUUAACCAACUGGACGUUCACCAUAUUAAACAUCUACUUUGUCUAUGCAACAACGCUGUCUUGCAUUUCCCUUUAUAAAGACCUGAGGAGUCCCACGCAGACCACUCCAGGGGAUCAAGUAGUGGAGAUGGAAAUGGGGCACAUUGACGGCAACGACUACGGCGCAGUGGAACGCGAAGAAUCCCGCGAGAAAGACGCGCUUCGGUUUCACCACAAGUUGCUGUGGUUUCUCUACGUCAUCUCUGCAACUGCAGGAGUAUGGAUAACCGCGGGUUACUGGACCGUGUUGGUAGGCGAUGACCCUAUCGAUGCAAAUAAUAUCACAAAGCACGCGCUAAAUUCUGUCUUCAUGGUGAUUGACACGUGCCUGAGCUCCAUUCCAAUCCGUCUCUACCAUUCCAUUUAUCCGCUUCUGUACCUUGUCAUUUACAUCGUCUUCUCCGUCAUUUAUUGGCUCCUUGAUGGCACCAAUAUACAAGGGGAACCUUUCAUAUAUGAAGCUCUAAACUACAGCGACUUCGACCCGACCAUUGGUGGCCUGUUAGUUGUUUUCCUCCUCGUGGUUUUGCCUAUUUUGCAUCUGAUCUUAUUUGGCAUCACCAAGUUACGAGAUUAUCUUCACAGGAAGUAUACGGCAUGAAGUGACACUACGUGAAAUGACGCAGCCGGUGACAUAGCAUUACAUCACUGGACAUGACCAGGAGCCAUGACAUGACAUGACGUGACAUGACGUGACAUGACGUGACAUGACGUGACAUAACGUGAUAUGACGUGAAAUGACGUGAUGUGAAGUCACAUUACAUGGUAUCACAGCACAUCACCUGACCCGAUCUGACCUACAAUCCACGACAAAAGUCCUUGGCACGUCUGGAUCAGAUAGCAUGAAAAUGCGUUGACAAGCUAUUUUGGAAACAACAAGUAACGACAUUACUGGAAUAGGGAACCCCUUCUCCCCCCCCCCCCCCCCCCC